UCUAGCUCCCUUCUCCAUCACUCUCCAUUAAACUUCUUGCCAAUCUCUUCUGCCUUUUAAUAAUCAGCUCGCAAAUCUCUAAUUUAAUUCAAAUUUAUUUAAUUAUAUAUACAACACUAAGCCUGUAGGCAUUAUAUAUAUAAACCUUGAAUCCCCAGCAUUACUUCAUCCACCAUAAAAGCACUCGUUCUUACUACAGUGGUGAACCCGAUGGCUGCCAGAGUUGAAAGCUUGUCGAGCAGUGGGAUUCUGUCAAUCCCAAAGGAGUACAUUCGCCCACAAGAAGAGUUGACAAGCAUCGGCAAUGUUUUCGCAGAAGAGAAGAAAGUGGAAGGGCCUCAAGUUCCCACCAUUGAUUUAAAGGAAGUGGACUGUGAGGACGAAGUUGUUCGCGAGAAAUGCAGGGAAAAGCUUGUAAGUGCGGCUAAAGAAUGGGGUGUUAUGCACUUGGUUAACCAUGGGAUUUCUGAUGAUCUCAUUAAUCGUGUGAAGAAAGCUGGGAAAGAUUUCUUUGAUCUUCCUGUUGAGGAAAAGGAGAAGUAUGCCAAUGAUCAGGCUGAAGGGAAGAUUCAAGGCUAUGGAAGCAAACUGGCUAAUAAUGCUUCUGGGCAGCUCGAGUGGGAGGAUUAUUUCUUUCAUCUUAUUUUUCCUGAGGAGAAGCGUGAUCUGUCUAUUUGGCCUAAGACACCCACCGAGUACACGGAGGCGACCAGUGAGUAUGCAAGGCAACUGAGAGGCCUAGCCACCAAAAUGUUAUCAGUACUAUCAAUCGGGUUGGGGCUAGAAGAAGGGAGACUAGAAAAAGAAGUUGGCGGACUUGAAGAGCUGCUGCUCCAAAUGAAGAUUAACUACUACCCCAAGUGCCCUCAACCAGAACUUGCCCUUGGAGUUGAAGCUCACACUGACAUUAGUGCCCUCACUUUCAUCCUCCACAACAUGGUUCCAGGUCUCCAACUCUUCUAUCAAGGCAAAUGGGUGACAGCCAAAUGCGUCCCAAAUUCCAUAAUCAUGCACAUUGGUGACACCAUUGAGAUCUUGAGCAAUGGCAAAUACAAGAGUAUUCUUCACAGGGGACUUGUUAACAAGGAGAAGGUGAGGAUUUCUUGGGCAGUUUUCUGUGAGCCACCAAAGGAGAAAAUCAUCCUUAAGCCAUUGUCUGAGCUUGUCACAGAAACAGAGCCAGCACAGUACCCUCCUCGCACAUUUGCUCAGCAUAUUGAACACAAGCUGUUCAGGAAGAACCAGGAGGCUCUUCUCUCCAAAUGAGGCUGCUCCAUUCUUGCAUGCCAAAAACUACUCCCACAUGUUAAAAUAAUUAAUAUAUGGGUUUGGCCUUGAUGUCUUGUGUUGAUUUUAAUUAGUAAUUAUGUGUAUGUCCUGCACUUUUCGUUCAUUUCUUCAGUCUACCUGCUUUGGUUGAUUAAUAAAAAUUGUUGUACUCUGUUACUUCAUCAAUGCUCCAUUCAUCAAUGUUCAUCAAUGUUGAAUCAUGAAAUUUUAUGUAGCAUUUUGCAGCGAAAA